AUGUUUCUUGCAAAGGCAUUUCUGGAAGGGGCAGAUAAAGGAGGUCUUGGAGAAGCACUUGGAGGCCUCUUUGGUGGAGGAGGGCAAAGAGGAGGAGGAAAUAUUGGAGGUAUUGUUGGGGGAAUUGUAAACUUCAUCAGUGAGGCUGCAGCAGCUAAGUAUACACCGGAACCACCACCCCCUUACCAGCACUUUGCAAAUGUUGAAGCCAGUGAAAGUGAUGAAGUUAGACAAUUUCGUAAAAUCUUUUAUCAGCUGGCUGGAGAUGACAUGGAAGUGAGUGCCACUGACCUAAUGAACAUUCUCAACAAGAUUAUUUCCAAGCACAAAGAACUGAAUUCAGAAGGCUUUAGCCUUGACACUUGCCGGAGCAUUGUAGCUGUCAUGGAUAGUGAUGCGACAGGAAAACUAGGAUUUGAGGAAUUUAAGUACCUGUGGAACAACAUCAAGAAAUGGCAAUGUGUUUACAAGAAGUAUAACACUGACCAUGCCCCUUCUCUUGGGAGAAUGCAGCUAAAGGAAGCUAUUCAGGCAGCAGGCUUCCAGCUAAAUGAGCAACUUUACCAAAUGAUUAUCCUUAGAUAUACUGAAGAAGAUGGAAGCAUGGAUUUUAACAACUUCAUUAGCUGCCUGGUACGUCUAGAUGCUAUGUUUCGUGCCUUCAAGUCACUAGAUGGAGAUCGAGAUGGACUAGUUCAAGUAAAUAUUCAAGAAUGGCUGGAACUGACUAUGUAUUCCUGAAAUAAAUGCUGAGAAGACACAGUCCUGCCUU